AAGACAAGAACAAAAAAAAAAGAAAAAUCAUAAAAGAGGGUACUUCAGUCAACCAUGAAGAUCUCCAAGACUCAGUCCUACUCCCUUGUUGCUGCUGUACUCGCCGUUGCAAGCACCGUCGGUGCUCAUCGUGCUCGUGUCCAACCUUUCGGUCCAGACCUCUCUCAUAAAGAGUACUUGACCCCUUCCUCAUCCGAAUCUUCCUGGACAAGCUUCUUUGGUCGUAUUCGUGAUGGCGGUGAGGACCAGGUUUUCUACACUGGCUAUGCUGCUACUCCCGAAAGAGUCGCCCUCGACUUUGUGGAGGAGAAACUGACCAGUUCUGAUUACAUUGUCAAGAAUGCUUAUACUUCUGGCCAUAACGGGGUCACUCAUGUCUACCUUCGCCAGGUGAUUAACGGCCUAGAGGUGGUGAAUGGUGAUAUCAACGUCAACGUCGACAAGAACGGCAAUGUGAUUUCUUAUGGAGAUUCAUUCUACAAGGGUAACAGCAGAAAUCUCCAGUAUAAUAAACCACUCUCUAUCAAGGAUUGGUUCAAGAAGGAGACUCAAUCUUUCCAGGAACAAGGUCGUCAGAUUGCUUUUGGUCGAUGGGGACGUCGUACUCAUGAGCGUAACUUCGAGUCCGAAGAGGCUGUAAUCUCACCUCAGGACGCCCUUCUUUCCUUUGCACGCCACCUUAAUGUCGAGAUCCCUCGUCCAGAGGAAAUGGACGUUGUCGUGUCUAGCUCACUCACAUCAGACGAAGUAGAGGUCCAUCUGACAAACUGUCCAUUGACUGCCAGUGGUAAGGUUCCUGUUGCUCAAGCCUAUCUCCAGACCGAGAAUGGAGAGCUCGAGCUUGUCUACGAUUUCCAGGUGGAGAUGAAGGACACAGAUAACUGGUUCCAUUCCCAAGUUAGUGCCAAGACUGGCAAGGUCUUGCAGAUGGUUGACUGGGUAGCCGAUGCCACCUACAAUGUCUAUCCUAUGGGCACGAACGAUCCUAAUGACGGUGACCGCAAGUUGGUCAAGAACCCUCACAACACUCUUGCAUCUCCUCUUGGCUGGCACCGCCAGGGCCAGAACAAGAACUUUACCACCACUAUUGGUAACAACGUCUACGCGGGCGAGAACCGUCGCAAUGGCAAUGACUGGCAAAACAACCCCAAGCCCGAGGGCACGGUUGAUGAAGAUGGCGAACUAGUUUUUGACUUCAAGAUCGAUCUGGAGAAAGAUCCCAAGACCUAUGUUGACGCAGCUGUGACCAACCUGUUCUACUGGAAUAACCAGGUCCAUGACGUCUUUUAUCAUUAUGGUUUCACAGAGAAGGCAGGCAACUUCCAGGAGAAUAACUUUGAUCGUGGUGGAGUAGGUAAUGAUGCUGUGAUCGCCAAUGCUCAGGAUGGAUCAGGCUAUAAUAACGCCAAUUUCGCAACCCCUCCUGAUGGUCAACACGGCAAGAUGCGCAUGUAUGUCUGGGAUUUGACGGAGGUAGCCCGUGAUGGUGAUCUUGAGAGUGGUAUCAUCAUCCAUGAGUACGCUCAUGGUAUCUCGACUCGUUUGACAGGAGGUCCUGCCAACUCUGGAUGUCUUGGAUGGGGCGAGGCCGGUGGCAUGGGCGAAGGUUGGGGUGAUUUCUUUGCUACCAUGUUCCGCCAGAAGAAGCACCAUGACUACAACUCCGAGUUCGACAUGGGCUCGUACGCUACCGGUGACAAGGGCAUCCGCCGCUUCCCUUAUUCAACCUCCCUUAAGACAAACCCUGAGACAUUUAAGGUGAUGGACGGUCCCGGCUACUGGGGUGUACAUGCUAAGGGUGAGGUCUGGGCUCAGAUGUUGUUUGAAGUCUACCAGAACUUGCAUUUGCGCCUGCCCUUCACAGAGGAUUGGUAUACAAAGGACAUCACCAAGUAUGCUAAUACUUUGGUUCUCCAGCUGGUGGUCGAUGGCAUGAAAUUGCAGCCAUGCACUCCAACCUUUAUUCAGGCCCGUGAUGCCAUCAUCCAGGCUGAGAAGGUCCUGACCGAGGGUAAAUACCGCUGCGAUAUCUGGAAGGCCUUUGCCAAGCGUGGCUUGGGUCCCAAUGCCAAGGUCGUUGGCGCUAACUCUCCCUUCGGAAGUAUUCGUACUGAAGACUUUAACACCCCAAGCACUUGCGAAGAAGACGAUGAAUAAGUCAUCCAAUACCCUUCUUUCUUUUUUUUAUACAACACAUAACCUGGUCUUGUAGUAUCCUUCCUUUUGUCUUUGUCUUUUUUUUUUUGUCUUAGUUUUUUUUAGUAGUUUUUUAUUAGUUUUUUAUUAGUUUUUUGUAUAUUUAUAUGUUUGCUGUAGCUUUAGUUCCAAGAUGGACAUGCCAAAGGCUUGUGCUUUAUUAAAAAUAAAAUUUUACAAUAUUAGC